CUUCCUGUUCCCAUUCCGUGUCCAGUCCAGCUUGGAAGUAUAAAAAAUGACUCUCUGGAAGCUCAACUGCAUGAAUAUGUCAGACAAGGAAACUAUGUGAAAGUGAAGAAACUUCUGAAAAAAGGUAUCUUUGUUGAUGCUGUAAAUUCCUUGGGCCAAACUUCUCUCUUCACUGCUGCUUUGCUAGGUCUUGGUAAAAUAGUGGAUGUGCUGUUGGAUUUCGGCUCAGACCCUAAUCAUCGCUGUUAUGAUGGAAGCACCCCAGUCCAUGCAGCUGCGUUCUCGGGAAAUCAGUGGAUUCUUAGCAAGUUACUGGAUGGAGGAGGUGAUCUGAGAGUACAUGAUAAAGAUGGAAAAAAUCCGCAGUACUGGGCAAUGUCAGCUGGAAAAGAAAGUAGUGCUCAGAUGUUAGAAUUUAUACAGCGUUGUACAGCACACAUGCAGGCCGCCAUUCACAAUUUUCCCUCUGAUCUACUCAGGAAGGUUGACUCAUCGAAAGCACUGGUCUGUAAUCCAUCUAGGUUUGGUGGCCUCGUUCAAGGAAAUGUUGAGAGUCCUCUCAGUAGAUUUCUAAAAGGUGGAGCUAAUUCAGCCAGGAACAUUUACAGCUUUGGUUUUGGGAAGUUUUAUCUUACAGGCAGCAGACAUCUCGGGUACUUGGCAUCUCUCCCUAUUAUUGGGGAAAAAGAAGUGGUUCAGGCAGAUGAUGAACCAACAUUCUCUUACCUCGUUGGACCGUACAUGAUUAUGACAAACUUAAUGUGGGGAGGCAGCAGAGUUACAGUGAAGGAACUCAGCUUUGAGCCCCAUCAGAACUGUAGUAAACUGCGCUUAGCUGAUCUUCUCAUUGCAGAGCAGGAAUAUAGCAGUAAACUUCGUCAUCCUCAUUUGCUGCAGUUGAUGUCUGUCUGUCUGUCUAGUGACUUGGAGAAAACCCGUUUAGUAUAUGAGAGGGUAAACUUUGGUUCUCUGUACAGCAUUCUACAUGAAAGGCGUUCAGAAUUCCCUGUGCUGCGCAUGGAGACAAUUUUACAUCUGCUGCUUCAAAUUAAUGACACUUUGCGUUUUCUACAUUCCCGUGGAUUUAUCCACCGUUCGGUUACCUCCUAUGCUAUUCAAAUCGUUUCUUCUGGUGAGGCAAAGUUAUGCAACUUGGAAUACAUGAUAGAGAGCAGAGAUGGAGGAGAACACAGUGAUCUGACGCGUAUUCCUGUCCCAAUCCAGCUGUAUAAAUGGUGCUCUCCUGAAGUAAUCCUUGAAAAAGCUGUCACAGUCAAAUCGGAUAUUUAUAGCUUCUGUACGGUAAUGCAGGAGGCCCUGACAGAGACCCUUCCCUGGGAUGGUUGUGAAGACUCAGUUAUUAAGCAACUCAUAAGUUUGGGACAGCAUUUAGAAGCAGAUGUCAGACUUCCUAAACCCUAUUAUGAUAUUGUAAAGUCAGGGCUAGAACCUAAACAGAAGAACCGUUCCAUGAACCUUCAGGAUAUUCAGUACUUGCUGAAGAAUGACUUAAAGGACUUGACUGAGUCUCAAGCUGGUCGUGCUGAUGAAAUGCCAAAAGCACAAAGGUCUGCUGUCUUAGCUGACAUAAACAUCUGUUUGGCAUCGUCUUUUAACUACGAGAAGAGAACACUGGGAUUGGAAGGAGAAGAGAUAACAGAGAUUGGCAGCUCUACUGCCCAAAGAUGCUCUGUUUUUCCUGAGGAAUCUGAGACUUUAGUGGAUGCUGAGACACCAAGCAAUGUACAGGCAGUUGCACAGGAAAAAAGCCAUGAUGUAGCUUCUGAACUCCAGGUGACCUGCAGUGUCAGUGAUGUGGAUGAGAGCCUCUGUAGCUUUGAAAUGAAUGAAAUCUUUGCCAGUUACCCAGAAUUUCAUGAAGACUUUCUGGAAGAAGGCACUAUGUUAGGUCAUAAUCUGAAGGAUAAAAAAGGGCAGCAAAAAGGAGAUAAGGCUACCCUCAGAGACCUAUUUGCAUCCCCUGGAAUGCACUAUGAGGAAAAGCUAGUUUAUGAGGAAGGUAGCUUUUCAGAAUUGGGUACAGAGUACACUACAGAAGAGGAAGAAAGGAUAAGUGAGGCCUCUGAGCUGUGCAAGGGAUCACAGGUGAGAGGAGAUGCGGGGAAAAGAAUGAGUAGUCCAUCCCAAGCUGGGCAGCACAUCAGCAAAUGUGUACUUAAUUUAAAAAUUGCUCAGAGCAUGUUGCAGCAGGCAUCAAGUUCCCUGUGCAGCACAGAGGAGAAACUAAACAAAUUAGAAAAUUUUGCUGAAAAGCAAAAGCUGCUCCAGGAAAUGCAAAUGAAUCAGACUUCUAAGCAGCUUUUUCUAGAAAGAUCCUGGAACAGGUCUGAUGAUACUGCUCAAAAUACCAAUAGCCCAUUUUCCAGAGCUGAUCCUUUUUUAUGGAAGGCCAUAGGUCCGCCAUCAAGUGACUAUAUUCCACCAUUGAUAACGUGUCAGGCGCGAGGAGUUUUGGGUGGAGACCGUUUCCAAGCUAUUCCAAAGGCAGCUGGGGGAACGUGGGCAAUCCAGAAUGAGAAAGGGAAGUGCUUUCAUCAGAGGAGUAAGACUAAAAACGAAGACAACCUCAGCUUCAGCACAGUGAAAAGCCUGGAUGAUCAAAUGGACCUAGAUCAAGAGCAAUUACUCCCACAUGUAUCUCAGAGAUGCAAAAAAAAGUUCAACGUGCAGUGUCAGGAAGGGGAUGAUUCACGUUCUGCAGCAAGUGGAAUUGAAGAAGAAAGGUGGUGCUGUCCCAAAUCAACACCUGACACUUACAGCACCAAAAUAAGUGAGGCGAGAAGGAUGAUGCAAUCAGAAUGGAGGACCGAAGUAAAGCAAAUAGCCAGAAGAGUGGCUUCGGGACAGCUAGAACUCAUCUCUCCGUAUCCACCCAGUGAAUAUACAUCUGAAAGUGAAGCUGAGAGUAUAAAGGAAGCCUUUCAACAUGUCACUGUCAGAGUCCAAAAAAGUCAAGACUGGCCAAAAGAUAGGAGGUGGAAGGCAGAUAACAGUGUUGAGGAUCUGGGUGGUGAGGGGAGGUCUGACUCUGAGGAGAGUGAUCUGGAGUCUGCAUUCAAAAGUUUUGGAGGGAGAAGUUGCCAGUCACCAUCAAAAGAUGAGGAAGCAGAGUCUGGAACGGCCCGUGAAAAGAAUUCAGUCAUUCCUCAAGUCGAGAAUCUCUCCAAAGGGCAUUCAAAGGAAUUAUGUUCCCCUGAUUCAUCUCCUGAUGUGUCUGAAGAAUUUUUGACUCCUGAUCCUGAUUAUUUCCUUCCUCCUGCUAUUCAAGAAAACUCAGAACUAGAGACCUCAAAUCCUGAAGGCAAAUUAGAAGACACCCAAGAAGUCUAUGUACAGAACCCGGUAUCUGAUGACGCUGGAUCAGGUAUUCCUAUUAAAUGUGCUCUUUCUUUUGAGGGUCUUUUAAUUGCACUUAUUUUUGUCAACAACAUUCCUGUUAGAAAGCUGAAGCUAGAUACUUUUGGGUCACUUAGUCUCUUAUUCUCCAUUAUAUUAAUGAGAGUUCAGGGCCCACAGGAUUUUGGAGGAAAAAUAUUACUCUCCAGCACAGCAGCACAGAAUUCUGGCAAUAACACAUUAGGAGUGAAUCAACUUACCCAUACGCCUGUAGCCAGUGUUGAAGCAGCACAAGAAGCGAUGCUAAGGGAGCUGCAGAAAGAAUGCAGAGAGAAAGAUAUAUCACUGACAGAUAUUCAGGAUUUGUCAAGUAUUUCCUGUGAGCAAGAGAGCUGCUCUAAGGAUAUAAAUUGUAAAACACCCAGAGCGAGUCAUGCACCAACAAGUGUCAGCACUCCACUCAGCUCAGAGGAAAAACUUCCAGUAGCCAUUAAGAAAUACAGACACUCUCAUGAAAUAGCUUUGGAUACUUCUUGUUGGGUUUCUCAAGAGACUUCCUCUGCAGCGUCCAGAACGUUUCGUUUACUUAAGGACUUAGGUCAUUUUGGACUUAGUGUGUUAAAGGGGAGGAUUGAAGAACUUUGGUUUACAUUGUUGUGUUUCAUUCUGUAUGAUCUUGCACAGAGUAGGUCGUCAGUAACUGCUCCAUCCUUGAGAAGCACCAGGAAGGAAUCUGCACUCUCUCAGACAUCUAACCACUUCAUUGAUGAGCUGCCUCCACCAGUCCAAGAGCUGCUGGAUGAAAUUGAAUGUUUAAAGCAGCAAGAUUCCACCACUCAAGACCUCAAAGAGGAGGCGCUGUAUGACUGUGGCAUGCCAAUAGAAGUUUCUGAUCCAUUUAAAAUAGAGGACAGAGAGGCAAAAAAGGAAACGGAGAGAAAUGAGAAGAGAGGUAAUAGCUUAUGGACUGAAGAGCCAUUAAAUCUAGCAGAGGAAACAGAAAGGGCUCAUUCUACUCUUGAUGAUAUUUUAGAAAGAAUGCUUCAUACAAUUCCUGAAGAUGAGGAGAACCAAGAACAAGCUCAGGUGCACACUCUUAGGGCUGCAAACGUGAAUAAUCCAGGAGAUGGUGGAAUGAAGAAUGGAGUAAAGGAAUGCAAAACAAAGGAAGAAAGCAGAGAGCCAGAAAGCUGUGCCAGGAGUCCUGAAGACCCGCAUCAUGAGGAUCAGAAAUUCCACUUACGACGUCAGCUCUCUUGGCCCUCUCCGUUCAGGGUGAUCGUAUUGGAUCAGAGCAGCCCUCCUACAUGAAAAGGGCUAGUGAAUAAAUUCUAAUAUAUCACCUGCUUACUGCAACUUGUACAGUACACAGUCUGAACUGCAACCCUUUUUGGCCACACAAACAAUUGUAAUGCUCAGACUUCCUUUAACUGCAGCAGCAAAUACAGAAAAGAAUCGAAUGCUUUACUCUGUACAGCAGUUCUUAUUUUUAUGCUAUCAUAGCAUAUCAAAGACAGUAUCCAUAAUACUGCAAAACUAAAUUGUUUUCUGAAGAUAUAACAUCCUUGCAAGCCUGCUGCAGUGUUUUUCUCCCCUGUGUGUGCACACUUUCCUAAGCAAAAGAAUUUCUUGCUCUAUUGCAUUAUGCAGUCUUCAGUAUUAUGGACAAAAUGAUUGUAAUUCUGUAGGCUGCUGUUACUGUUCAGGCUGUUGUUUAUUUUACACUGCUGGAGUGUGGAGUACUGUGUUACAGCCCACAUGGUGUGUGUUUUUUCCUUGCUCAUUAAAUUUAACAAGGUAAUUUCUUGUUUUCUCUUUUCUUAGUGCUUUUGUAAUGUGAAGUUGAACUGAUUUGACUGAUUAAGGGGAUUAAUUGCUGUGCAAAAAGUUAAUGGGAAAACGCCAGUGUUAUCCAGAGAUUGCAAGUAGAGCAGUACGUUCACUGCCAGUAUUGGACAAAAAUAUGAUAAAAGCUGGUUAGCAUUAUUAAGAUGCCUGUCUGCUUAAUCAAGCCACACUUGGUAGGCUUAUUCUGAAGAGAUAACCCUGGAUAUAGUCGAGCUCUGGAUCAGGCUUUGAUGGGCACAGCAACUUCAUAUUUUUAACUGUUCUUGUGACUAAUACUAUUUGGGUACAGGAAGCUUAAAGAUUGUCCUGGUACUUUUGAACCAGACAUUGCGGUUUUUAAGCUGCCUUCAUGCAUUUAGGUGUACUAUAUUGUACUCUCAUUGUUGUUCACAUAUGGAA